AAUCGUUCCGCAUUCGCGAUUUGAAUCAUAGGCGAGUAAUGUUGUAUUUAAUAUAGAGAUAUGUACAUCAUGUAUAUAAUGUAGAGAAGACGUGAAGCCAAUUCAUAUAAGGAAAAGUUUGACUCAUCCAGUCAAGUAGAAAUUGCUCAUAAGAAAAAUGGCGGCAAUUGGAAUUGACCUCGGUACAACAUUUUCUUGCGUUGCUAUUUGCAAGAAUGGAAUAGUGCAAAUUAUACCCAAUGAACACGAAAAACGGUUGACACCAGCAUAUGUGGCUUUUACCGAAGAGGAAAGAUUAUUCGGAGACUCCGCAAAACAUCAAGCUCCGUUGAACCUAGCGAAUACUGUAUAUAACAUCAAACAAAUAAUCGGAAGGUUAUAUAACGAUCAAAAAUUGAAACAAGACAAAAAAUAUUUGGGAUAUACUAUCGAACCUGACAGAAAUGGAUAUUGCCAAAUACCAAUAUCUAGCUACGGAAAGCAAGUAGAAUUAUAUCCAGAACAAAUUACGGCAAUGACAAUUGGUAAAAUGAAAGACAUAGCAAAAGAACACAUUGAGGAAACAGUAUCUAGAGCUGUUAUUUCCGUCCCCGGAUUUUUUAACGAGGCGCAGCGCCAGGCUACAAUAAACGCUGGUAGGAUGGCUGGCCUUGAAGACGUCAAGCUCAUAACCGAACCAAUGGCAUCAGCGCUGGCAUAUGGGCAUGAUAAACAGCUAAAAACAAUCGAAAACAUUUUAAUUUUUGAUUGUGGUGGAGGGACAACCGAAAUAAGUCUUGCAAAAAUAACAAGCAAAGAUGUUAAAAUUAUAUCUACGUUUGGAGAAAAUUUUGGGGGUGAUGAUUUUGACAACCGAUUGGUUCUGAAGUACGGUAAAGACUUGGGAAUUGAAAUUCACGAUAAAAAAGCAAUAACUAGACUGAGAAACGCUUGCGAAAAAGCAAAACAAAGUCUGUCAGCAGCUUCUCGCGCUCGGAUAAAAGUUGACAAUUUAUACAAUAAUGAGCCGUUUGAAAGCACUAUAACACGAGAAGAUUUUGACAAAAUAAACGAGGAAUUGUUUGAAAAAGUUACUUCCAUUGUUCAAAAAAUGUCGAAGUUUUUGACAAAGAAUCGUCAUAAGGUUGAUGAAAUAAUUCUCAUCGGAGGAUCAACGCGUAUCCCAAAAAUACGAAACAUUCUUCAGGAUUCUUUUAACGUCAAACACUUGAACAGAACAAUUAACCCAGAUGAAGCUGUUGCAUACGGUGCAGCAGUACAUGCGGCUAAUGAAUUUACUAACUGCAAGAAAAUAGUCCAGGUUCGAGAGAUGACUGCUUUGAAUAAUAGUAAUACAGUACCUGAAAAUAAAAAACGUAAAAUAGAAGAAACGAGUCAAGCAAAAUUGACGGAAAUGACUCAAAAAGUGCUGGAAUUUGAUAAACAUGACAAAAUGCUCAGGGAAGAAAGUAAUGCACGGAAUAAUCUCGAGAAAUACGCUUACAGUACCAAGAAAAAGGUUCACACGGAUAAAUACAAAGACAAGUUAUCUGCUGAAGACAAAAAAAAAAUUUGCCAUGAAUGUGAUCUAGCGAUAACAUGGCUUGAAACAAAUAAACGGAAAAAAGUAGUAGAAAAAAAACUUGAAGAACUGAAGCAAUAUUGCGAAGCGAUAUUUGAUGGAAAGUCAGCAACAAAGCAAGUGGUAAAGAGUUCAUCAUAUGUGAGAUCGGAGCGAAGUCCACAAGGUAUCGUUACAAGAAAAAUGCAGUCAACUCGUGCAAAAAAAUCUACUAAACAAGAACUGGAGAAAUUUAACGCAAUCAGCGAGCUUCAGAAAUAUGUUCAAAGUGUUCAAUCCCAUUCAAUAUUCGGAAAGUUUGAGGAAUUUAUGACGUCGGACAUCAAAGAAAAAAUAGAUAUUAGAUGUCGUGAAAUAGAGCAGUUUUUUAACGCAAGUCAGGAUAUGGAAGUCAAAGUGAUAAAUGGCGAAAGAUUGCAAUUAGAAAUAUUUGUUGAAAGUAUACUGCACAGAUUACAACAUAACGAGAUGAUCCGUCUACAGGAAGUUGACAAAAAGAAGAACGACGAGUACGUAAAAUUUCGCGAAUAUAUAUCUUAUCUCCGGAAGUCAGAGGAAGGACAAAAACCUGACAAAUUGACGUUUCAGUGCAUGAAUGACAUUAAAUAUGAAUGCGAUAAAGCGGAACAAUGUCUUGAAAUAAAUUACAGUUCAGUUUCAGUGAAAAUAAUUAAAUCCAGACACACGGAACUUCGAGUAUGCGUUGAUGGAAUUAAACGAAGAUAUGAAAAAUUAAAAAAGAUUGAAAAUCGCAAAGAAGUUGAACGCGAUGAGUCUUACAGUAAAUUAAUAAAGUUCAUCAAUCAAGUAAUCGAAUAUGUUAAUUCUAAAAAGGGUGAAUCCGAUAUGAAAGAUAAAUAUCUAGAAAGCAUGUACCAGAAAUGUAUGAAAACACAACAUUGGAUUCAUGAGAAUUACGAAAAUGAAAAAAGAUUGGAUGACGAAUAUUCGAAUCUCCGCAACUAUAUCACAUCAGUACGCCAAUCUGUGGUGUAUGAAAGAAGAAAAGACAAAUUACCAUCAAAAUUUAUUGAUGAUAUCUAUGACGAAUGUAAUAAGACAGAAAAGUGGCUUCACGUAAAUCAGAGUGAGAUUUCUGUUGAUAUGAUUAUAUCGAAAAGAACCGAAUUGAAAAAGAACAUUGGAAAAAUUAAGAUGGAUUUUAAAAAAUCAAAAAAGGAAAUUUCAAAACAUUGGGAUGAAGUGUAUGCAAAUCUUCAGAAGUUCAUUGCCUCAGUUCGUCAAUCUAUCAAUACUGACAAAAGAGACAGUUUAACAUUGAAGUUUGUCAGCGAUAACGAAUUAGAAGUCCGAAAUAUUGAAAGAUGGCUCAAAACUUAUUCUGGUCAAAUACCUGCUGAAAUGAUUGUAUCUCAACACGAAAUAUUGAGGGCAAAUUUAGAAAAAAUCAAAAAGAGUUUUGAAAAACAGAAGAAGAAAAUUGAAAAAAGAUUGAAUGAAGAAUAUACAAAUCUUCGCAACUAUAUCACAUCUGUCCGCCAAACUGUACCUGGUGGUCAGAAAGACAAAUUAUCAAUAAAAUUCAUUAAUGCUAUAACAAAUGAAUGUGAUAAAGCCGAACACUGGAUUUGUGUAACAACGAGUGAGAUUUCUGUUGAUAUGAUUAUUUCCAAACGAACAGAACUGAAACUAAACAUUGAAAAAAUCAAUGAGGAAUUUAGAAGAUUGAAAGAGGUUUUUUUAACAACUUUAAAAUUUUGUACUUGUAUUGAAACGGGUAAUUUAGUUCAAGCUUUCGGGACAGAAAAGAAACUGCGCGAUCAAGUUUACAAUAAUUUGAUGACGUACAUCAAUGAUAUUUUAGACUUUGUUGCUGCUGAAGAUGGGAAUGACAUUAUAACUAAUGAUUACCUCAUGAAAAUAAAACAACAUUGCAAUGCAACGAGAGAAUGGUUGAAGAAAAAUUAUUAUCAUAUCACCAAAAAUGAAAUUGCCGAAAAAGAAGCUCAACUUCAAUUAACAUUCAAUGAGAUUUGGACAUCAAUACAGGCAAGAAAACAGAAUGAUCUCACUCCGGACGAAAUAUUUUCAGAAAAAUCCAGAUUGGAAUUUGAGAUAAAUAAUAUGUUAAUAGAAUUGAAAGCCAGAAAAGAGGCUAUUAACAAUUUUACGGAGCGCGUUUCUGACGUUGAAUCUUUAGAGUUUUUCGAUCCGUACAAACAAAAGUUAACGUUAUCGGAUAAGAGAAAUAUAGAAAAAAUGAGCAAUUAUUGGAAACAGUGGAUUUUUCAGUCUUCCAAAAAAUAUUCAUCGGAUCAUAUUAAAGCAUGUCUAGUUGAAUUUGAAAGGUUUGUCCAAGAUAUUCUAAACAGAUUACAAGAAGAGCAACAGAAAAACGAUAGAAGACAACAACAAAAAGUGUUGAAAGAAGUAGCCGGGAAACUCGGGACUUACAUAGUCAAUGUUAAACAUUUUUUUGAGUCUGCGGAAUAUAAAGAAAUGAUUUCGGCCGAAGACAAAAACUGGAUUGAUGACGUAUGUGAUGAAGGGGAAAAAAUAGUCUCAUCAUAUACGAACUACAGCCUAAAUGCAAUAGUCCACUGGCACACAGGAUUAGAAGAAGAAGUAUGCAAAAUAUGCAAAGAAUUGAAUCGCAAAAAAAAGGUUUUUGGAAAGUUUUUUUUUCAAUAG